AUGCUUAUGGAGUCCUUGAGUGCUCAUUACAAUCAUAGUGAUACUCCCGAGCCUGAUAGCAAACGACUCAAAUACACGCUAGAACCCACGGAUGGCAUCAUGGCGGGCACCAUGAGGGGAGGUCUGAUUUCUCCCAGUGGGGCGGCGAACAACAACCGAGGCAAGACUCACUAUGCACCCUCUCACGGACCUCCCCCAAGGCAUGAGCAUCAAUCCCAGGGCUAUAACCCCUCAGGAGGGUACCACAACCAAGACGACAAUCAGUCUGGCUAUCGCACACACCGACCCCCGAACAGGCCUCCUGCCGGAACUCAAUACUACGGCCCCGAAUUUGAGGACCACCAUCACAACAGAGCCCAGCCAAAUUUCCAGUACUCGCAGUGCGAUGGUAAAAAGAAGGCGCUCAGUAUUGGUAUCAACUAUUUUGGCCAAGAUGGACAGCUUUCUGGGUGUAUCAACGACUCCAAGAAUGUUACAAGGUUCCUAUGUUCUCAAUUCGGUUACCAAGAAAACGAUAUCGUUGUUCUAACAGAUGAAGCGACUAACCCUCGUCAAUUGCCUACUCGAGAAAAUAUGAUUCGGGCCAUGGAGUGGCUUGUUCGCGAUGCACAGCCCAACGACUCGCUUUUCUUUCAUUACUCCGGGCAUGGAGGGCAAACGAAAGAUCUGGACGGCGACGAGGAAGACGGUUUCGACGAAGUCGUCUAUCCGGUCGACUAUGUAGAAAACGGACAUAUCACCGAUAGUGAUAUGCACGACAUCAUGGUCAAGCCCCUCCCAGCGGGUUGCAGACUCACAGCUAUUUAUGAUUCCUGCCAUUCGGGGACCGCUCUUGAUCUCCCUUACGUUUAUUCCACUGAGGGUAAGAUCAAAGAACCGAACCUCGCUGCCGAAAUUGGCCAGGGCCUGUUGGGAGCGGUGACUUCUUACGCCAGAGGGGAUAUGAGCGGAGUGCUCCAGUCCGCCAUGGGGAUCUUCAAGUCAGCGACCUCCUCGACGAAGGCCGAAAAGAUCGCUAAGGCUACACGGACAAGCCCAGCGGACGUGAUAUCUUGGAGUGGGUGUAAAGACGAUCAGACAAGUGCAGACACACAAGAGGCCGGUGAGGCGACUGGGGCCAUGAGUUUCGCAUUCGUUUCCUCUCUUCGGCAAAACCCUCAGCAAAGCUACCAGCAACUUCUGAACAGCGUCAGGUAA